ACCUCGGUCUGAUCUCCGAUUCCUACCACCCGUCUCCCCUCGUCCCCCAGCUGCAGAGCUGAAACAGCGAUGCUUUAACGGAGGUAAGUCUGUGGAGAGGAGGCAGCGGAGUGUGUGUAUGCGUGUUGUUUCACCGCACCUCGGACGGGAAGAGGAGCGACUGUGGACUGCAGAAAUGUGUCUUGUGACCGGACUGCGCUCAGUGUUCAGGAGGGACCUCGCAUGGAUGAGAGCAGACUACACACCCCUGUAGAUCCACUCCAUUAAGAUUCUGCCUGAACUCCCACAGAGCUGCCGGACUUCUCGGUGUCCGCCACGAACAUGCUGAGCUGAGAGCCGUUGACUCGUGUCUUAAAAACAUCUGCUUCGUAGCCACAGUGAAGAAAAGCGCGUUGGGACUGGAGUACGAGAAUAGAUGAACCCCAGCGGGGCGUCAUAGGAAUCAACACUUUCCAACAUGUUUAAACGGGGCUGUGGGCUUGAGUUCCUGCUGGUGCUCUGUGGGUUGGAGCUGUCCUGGUCCUGCCCGCGUCACUGCAUCUGCUACUCAGCCCCCAGCACCGUCAGCUGCCAGGCCCACAACUUUCUGUCCGUCCCUGAGGGCAUUCCCCCGCACAGUGAGCGCAUCUUCCUCCAGAACAACAAGAUCCACAGGCUACUGCGGGGCCACUUCAGUCCCACUACGGUCACACUAUGGAUCUACUCCAAUAAUAUCACCUACAUUGAGCCCUCCACCUUUCAAGGCUUUACCCUGCUGGAGGAGCUUGAUCUGGGGGACAACCGCCACCUGCGCACCCUGUCCCCAGAGACCUUUCACGGGCUUGGUCGUCUCCAUGCCCUGCACCUGUACCGCUGUGGCCUGAGUGCACUGCCUAACAACAUCUUCCAGGGCCUUCGCAAUCUGCAGUACUUAUAUUUGCAAGACAACCAUUUGGAGUACCUGCAGGACGAUAUCUUUAUAGACCUGCACAACCUGAGCCACUUGUUUCUUCAUGGAAACCGCCUGUGGAGCCUGCACCAGAAUACCUUUAGAGGCCUGCGGGCUCUGGACCGGCUGCUGCUGCACCACAACCAGUUGCAGUGGGUGGACCGUCUGGCCUUCCACGACCUAAAGCGCCUCACCACCCUCUAUCUGUUCAACAACUCUCUGACAGAACUGGCUGGAGAGUGCCUGACCUUGCUGGGUGCACUGGAGUACCUGCGUCUCAAUGACAACCCCUGGGAGUGUGACUGCAAGGCCUUGUCUCUGUGGGACUGGCUCAAGAGGUUCCGUGGCUCCACAUCAUCAGUUGGCUGCGUGGCUCCACUCGAGCUGGCAGGAAAGGACCUGAAGCAGCUAAGGAAAGAGGACUUCCCCAACUGCUCUGGAUCUGAGUCUCUGCACCAGAGCAAGACCAAGUCAUGGGCUGGAACAGACAAGGUCUCAUUGAAGCAAGAGCCCCAACCUGCCCAGCCUCCCCAAACACACCCACACCAGCCCCACCUUACUGAACAAUUCCCCUCCUCACCUUCACCUCUGCCCCAGCCACCCCCUGCUAUUAACGGGGUGCAGGCGGGACCAGGAGGUUCCCCAGAUGUGGUGACUCCUCAGAGACCCGGUCGCUCCCGGAACUGUACGCGCCAGCGAAACAGGGACAGCAAAGGAAAAGGGCCCAACGAGGUGCACACCUCAAAGGAGAUGGCAGACAAGGAGUACUCCUCACCAGAUUUUACUGGAAAAUAUGACCACACUUCCCCUGAUAGUUCCACCACACGGAGAAAGCACAAAUGUACCCCCCGGACCUCUGUGCGUCCCCCCAGUGGGGUCCAGCAAGCCACCAACAGAGGGAACGCCUAUUGGCCCCUCUCCUUUUUCUCCAGUACUGUGGGACUUCUUGUGCUGCUAAGCACUGGAUUCAUCCUACGCUGAACUUGAUGCUGAUGCAUUAUAGCUAUACAAAAACAAUGCAGUCCUCAGAUCCACUCUAGCUCCAGCCUUGCAAGGCCUCUUAACAUGUGUCUCUGUGUGUGUGCAAGUGUGUGUGUGGGAGUGCAAGUCAUUGUGUGUAUGUCUGUAAAAUACUAUGUAAGGAGCUUUGCCAUUUAGACUCUGAAAUAGACACACAUGGUUGAACAUCAUAUUGCUAAAGACUCACAAAUUGGGGUGAGCCAAAGGUGGAAGAUUUGAAAGAGAAGAAUUAGGGCAAACUAAACAUGCUUGCACUGCCACUGUUGCCAUGACAUUUUCAUUUACUUUUGGCUGAGUCUCUAUCAGCUACAUAUUUAUGAAAGCUCACCAAAAUGACAUGUAAAAGGGAAUAUGACAUGUAACUGAAAUCCAGGUCUGGGAAGGUCACUCCAUUACAGAUUACAAAUUACCAGAUUAAAAAUAUUUUAGUAAUGUAAUCUAAAUUUAAAUGAUUAAACAAGCUUAUUAAUAUAUUCACAUGAUUUCCUUUACAUCUAAAUUCUUGUAUAAUUAAGUGGCCAUAUAUUGAACUAAAAAAUUGUGUUGCUUGUAUAUCCAGACCGUGAAGCUUUCCUGCCAGUGAUCCUGCCUCUCUUAGGUGUGCCCUUCUUAUAUUUUGCCAUUCUUUUCUCAUUUUCUUAUGUUUGCAUUGUAUCUAGUGUUUAAGGAAAAAGAUAUUGCUUGAAAUUUCUUUCCAUCACAACAUCUGAAUGUAAUUCUGCAAAUAAUCACCUCAUUUUCAGAAAGCAUCAAAACUUUCAUUACUGUCUGUUUCUUUGAAACUUACUGUCAUUUCUCCAUUCAUUUGUUUGUAAUGAUUUACAGGUUUUCCACCUUUAGGUUUUUAUGUUACAUGUACUCUGCUACUCCCCAAACCCAGCGAGACAUUCUGGAGAUAACCCGGUAAAGGUCAGGUUGAGAGAAAUGCCAUUUAUGCCACCCUAUUUUAUUAUUUUCAGUAAAGUUUGUGACUUCAAGAGGUCAAAUUGGGCGUAGCAAACAGAAACAAAUAGUUGUACUUUAAAAUGUCAUCCUUCACUUAGUUUUAAAGUCCUGCCAAAUAUAUCUUUCUGAAUAGUUGCUGCCAUCGAAACCAUGCCAGAUGAAAAAUGAUGUACUAUUAUCUUUCACCAGGGAGGACCUUCUAAUCAGACUAGAACCUUUUUCAGUGUUUUACAAGGAAACUGUUGAAUACAGUGCACUCGGACUGACUAGCCUCUAUAAAAGCACACUGGUUAUCUUACCUCAAACUGUUGCCUAAACUCCAUACAUUUUCAAAAUAGAUGUUUUAUACAUCAUCAUUCCAUUUUCUUUUCUUUCUACAUAAAAAGUUGCAUGCAAAAGUAUUAACGCCUCGGUGAAGUUGCUUUUUUCCGGAUUUCUAUGUAAAAACAAGUUCACAUCCUCAACAGGGAGCAAACUUAAAUAUGGCAUUUUUCUGCAAAUUUAAGUGCACACUUAUGACACAGUUCUGUUGAUUUUGUUUGACAUACCAAAAAAAUAAAUAAAUAAAAUGUGCCAUAACUUUUGCAUUUAGCAUUUUUGUCCUAAUAUGUUGCAUUCAGUAAAUAAUAGACCUACAGUAACUGUGCAUUAAAAUAUGCAGAAUUGUGUUCUCUGUAGAGGUUGUGUACUUAAUGUCACCUAGAAAAUCAACAAAAUAUGUCAUUUGAAACUUUUGCAUACAACUGUAUCAUUUGCCACUCACCCUUCUAUGUCUGGAUUAGUUUGUGACAAUACAUAAUGAAGCCUAACGAUAACAAGCUGCUAUUAUUGUUUAAAGAAGCAAAUGCUUCGAAAAUUCAGUGUGACCGUGUAUGUGUGAGAGAGAGAGAGUGUGUGGGUGAGUGCAUGUGCGUGUGUGUAUGUGUGUCCAAGAUAAACAGAAAUGAAAAGUUGUGGGUGUUUCUUGUCUUUUGUGUUUGUUUGAUUUGGCUGAGCUGGAAACUGGAGAUGACCUGCUAACAGGGGCAUAGAAACAGGAAGUGCCCCGAGGGGACCCAGGUCAAAUUGGGGUGAACUCCAUUUUUGCUAACAGCCCUCUGUCUGAACCCUCCAUCAAAAACACGGACACCCUUCUCUCUUAGCAGGCUGGGAAACCACUGUUCAAUGAUAACCAGAGAAGAUAAGGAAAAAAAAAAAACAAUGUUCCUUCAACUAUCUUGUUGUGAUGAAGUAUAACAGCGAUUUUCAAUUCACCUUGGCCAAAAAUGACCUUUUGGAGCCAUAGGACUGCUCGUUGGACACUUAAUGACUGCUGUUUUCAAACAAGGCAAGCUGGGGUCCUGGAGAAAGACAAUCGCGUCUGUUUCAGACAGAGGCAGCAAUGUGGACAGGGCGUCGGGUCAUCAGCUGCGGGUGCUGGAGAACUGCUGGAGAAUUGUGCCUCCUUUAUUGAGAUCGUCUUUGUAAAAAAUAACGAACUGUGAACUGUACUGUCAGCAGUAGAUGGACUUGUAAGGGAGAUAUUAAUCAGAAUAUGGCAAAAACUGUGACUGUAUGACAUUUCUGAUGACAACAGGGUUUCUGACUUCUCAAGCAGAGGGGUACCUUUCUGCAGUUUUUUUUUUCCUUUUGAUUUUCUUUUCAUUUAGGUUUUUUUUUCUUACAUGCUUUAGGCACCAUUUUCAAAGAAACUGCACAAUCCAGUCCCCUUACUCUUCCACCGUGCCCUCUAUUCUCCUGCGUCUCGCCAACCCAGUUAUUUGAUGGUUUGACAAGUUGUUCUCAGACGACUAUACAA